AGGCGCUCGAUUUGGGCUCUGACUAGCUAAAGAACCAGAGGUUCUUUCUACGACAGCAUGGGGGAAGAAGAAGCUGUUUGUUCUCUCUGUGUUGUUGAUCUUUCCUCGUCUUCUUCCCUGGAGGAAAAAUGGCAAAGCUACAACUCUACGUGCAAAAGUCCAACUAUCCUGUAGUUGGUUAUCCUUCUCUAGGUCGUCAUCAAACUUUGGAAGUUGCCACUGAGUAUCUUUUUGGAGCCCAGAACAGGAAAAAGGCGAAAGCAACAGCCAACAGCCGAUCAGGCGCUGAAGAUUCGCGUUCGCUCGGGGCACUUCUGGAGGAAGUGGCAGGUCAAUGGAAUCAUCUCUGUGAUCUUGUUUUAUCCAUCAAUGUUCGAGACUAAACAUUUCCUGCAGAAGUGCUGUGGUCUGCGGAACUGCAACAAUGCAAGGUUUAUUUGGAGAACAAUGAACGCUGAGAUAUAUCUUUUUUUUUUGGGUGCAAGUGUCAUGCAAAACACAUGUUCCAGACGUCUAGACGAGUCGCAGAAAAGGA